AAUCUCAAAAAUCCCCCAAAUCUCCCCAAAUCUCAAAACUAUAAAAUUUCUUUCACCUUAAAAAUGUCUUCCACCUCACCCUAACAGAUACCAUCGUCCAUCCAACCCAUACAACAACUUUUCAUUCCCAACUCCCGCAUUCACAACAUGGAAAAUUUCUAUUAACAUCGGUCAAUGUGUUAAUAAGCUUUCCGCUAGACAAAGUGUUGAGAAACCGUUUGUUCUUUGAACCGAAAAGGUAGAAAUCGUUCUCUGCACGCGACUUCUUUGUUCGAUCGGUGGGUGCUCGUUCAUGGAGCUGGUUAACAGCGGAAUAUUACCGGAGAAAAUCGAAGGAAGCCGGUUAACAGAUGUUCGGUCACGUUUCCGUGAGAAACUGUAUCGUCUGAUAUAUCUUCCAUUAAACUCUGUACGACCUCGAGUCGAUUGUUCGAUGAAAAAGCGGUUACGUCGCGGUUCGACAGCUUAAUUAGAAAACGCCAUAUUCCAGCUACUUUCAAACGGAGUUGAGAAGUAUCUCCGACAAUCUAACACGAAUUUCCACUUAAAUUAACGUAUAUUUGAAAAUAAGUUCGUGAGUCAUUUGUUCUUCGAAUGAUUUAAUUGUUCUUGAAAUAGAAAUUACAGGUUUUUUAAGAUGGAAAUGCAUAAAAGUACCAACGCCAAGAAGAGUUCUAUACGUGGCGACGAGAUGACGCUCAAAGAACCUCACAGAAAUGGCAGCACGUACGGAGCUUUUCAAUCGAAGGACCCGAUUUUGGCGGUGGAAAAAGGAUCCGACAUGGAAAGCGUACACAACGAACAUGGAAUUUCCGUUCACCAUCCGACCUCGUACCUAGAAACAAUGAUGCACCUGUUCAAAGGUAACGUCGGAUCCGGCAUAUUUGCGUUAGGGGAUGCUUUCAAGCAUGCCGGACUAGCGCUGGCACCACCGCUUACGAUCUUCCUUGGGAUUAUUUGUGUUCAUGCGCAACACAUUCUGAUAAAGUGUAACGAUGAGGUGAUGCGUCGUGUUAAUGAUGGCAGUGCCACCACUGGUUUCGCUGGUACCGUUGAAUUGUGCUUUGCUACCGGACCUCUUGCACUCCGAAAAUACUCCGUAUUUAUAAGAAAAGUGGUUAAUGUAUUUUUAUGUGUCACGCAACUCGGAUUUUGCUGCGUUUAUUUUGUUUUCAUCGCCACCAAUAUGCAGCAGGUGUUGGACGUGUACGGGAUCGAAAUGGACGUUCAUCAACACAUGGCUGUGAUCCUGAUUCCCAUAAUGCUCAGCACGUGGAUCAGGAACCUAAAGUACCUGGUGCCGAUUUCCUCGUUGGCAAAUUUUCUGGUCAUAGCGGGCUACAUCGCCACCAUGUAUAUAAUGUGCCACGAUUUGCCACCCGUUCACGAAAGACGAUACGUAGCGGAUUGGCACGAUAUCCCCCUGUUCUUUGGCACUGUGAUAUAUUCUUUCGAGGGUAUUACUUUGGUUUUACCUUUGAAGAAUGAGAUGAAGAAACCGAGUAAUUUCAAUAAACCCUUUGGAGUCCUCAACGUGGGGAUGGUUAUUGUGGGUGGAAUGUUCGUUGCGAUGGGUUUUAUAUCAUAUUUAAAAUAUGGCGACGCUGUGGCGGGAUCUGUAACGUUAAAUCUUGAAUCCUCUGAAGUCUUACCACAGUGCAUUAAAGUUGCCAUCUCGUUGAGUAUAUUAUUCACGUAUGCACUGCAAUUUUACGUUCCCGUUGCGAUCAUUUGGCCGAAGAUCGUCAACCAAUUUGGCCCUUUCAAGUGGCCAAUUGUUGCUGAGACUGUCUUCCGUUCCGCAGUUUGUUUUGUUACAUUUGUCCUAGCAGAAGCAAUACCAAAACUGGGUCUGUUCAUAUCGUUGGUGGGUGCAGUGAGCAGCACCGCCCUCGCGUUGAUAUUCCCACCGAUCAUUGAGAUGGUUGUGUGCUGGCAGAACGCGUCUCUCAGUAUAUUCACCAUAUCAAAAGACAUCUUGAUAGUAUUGAUAGGUCUCUUAGGCUUCGUUACGGGAACGUACGAGAGCAUCACCUCGAUUAUCGACGCGUUUAGCACGUAAUUAAAUUAGUUCGUUUGUAUGAAUCGUCGUUGUUGUAAUUUUGCACACGUGCGCAAUUAACGGAUCAUGACAUGAACGCGAACGUAUAGGCAAUGAUUGUUGGAAAAAGAGCCAGAAUUUAUCGAAAUUUUGUACAUUAUUGUUUACUAUUAAUACUAUUAUUAUUAUCGAUGAUAAUGUUAUUUAUUCGCCUGGCACCAUUUUGAGUUCACGUAAAACGGAUCUUGAAUCUUGCUAUGUAAUAUUGUGUGUAUUAUCUAGACGAGGUAACUUGACCAUCUGUGAUUUGUUUUACUAUCGAUUAUGUGCUUAGGUUUUGUACAUAUGCAAACAGGGUAAACAUAUUUCAAGUUUUUUUUUUUAAAAACGAAUCACGAUUACCAAUUCGUAUAUCCUUCCUAUUGUUCACUAUUAGCAGCUGGUUAAUUAAUAUUACUGUUAAAUUUAGUAACACUUUAACUACUGUAUCUAUUUACUGUAUAUAUUUAUAAAUAAUUGUACUGAGCAUUUGAAAGAAUUAUCUAUCAAAAAUUCUGCACAAUUAUGAAAGACUUAAAAACUUUAAUUUCAGGUCCUCAAUUUUUAAAUUCCUAAUUAGCGAUAACUGUCUUAUUGAAUUUGGUAAUCGUUGUACGUGAUGUAUCAUCGCCUAUAUUACAAAUUAUGCUAAUUGUUUGUGUCCCGAAUGCGACGUAAAGUUAGACUUCUAUCAUAGUUUUAUAGGCUGUCCGAUUAGUUGUAUGGAUUACAUGUAAAAGUGAAUAUUGACUGUUAUUGCAAUUACCGUGAUAUAAGUAGUGAUAUGAAUUAACAAAAGGUUUUAAGGAAAAGGAAACAACAAAAAAUAGAAAACAAAAAUCGACACGACGAAUGAAAUAUACGUUGAUAUAUACUAUUAUAUUAAAUCGUACUCAAAUGAUCAUGUGAUAUAAAAGACAUACGCGUAGAUUAUACCGGAAACGUACAAAUGAUUUUUCGUCGAGAACUGUUGAUUUAAGACUACGAAAUGUUGGUGAACUCUUCUAGAACGUGUCGAUUGCAAUUUUAUGUAUUAUAGCUGCGAAGAUACGAUUUUAUAGUUGUGCCAAAGGGUGACCAUUUUAAUCACAUUUCUUAAAAAUAUUUCUUUUCUCAAAACAAAUGUUUAAAGUCAAUUCUGAAUUAAUACGUUCGCACAUUAAAGAUUCAUCAUUACUUUUUAUAAAAUUACAAUGAACUAAUGUAUUUUAGAACAAUGAUGCAUAUUAGGUUAUAUUGUUUGUAAUAUAUUAUUUAAGCCGAUGAACACGUACAUAUAUCAACAUACGCUUGUGGGCAUUAAUGGGUAGUCACUUUCUCAAUUUAAAAACUUUAAACUUUCUGUACAUAUUUUUAAAUUCCUCAGUUUGAAAAUUUUACGAUGUAAAUUUUUAAGUUCCUUUGAAAUCUUGAUUUCACUACCCUUGACUGCCCAUAGCUGUCCACGACUGUCCGGUUGGUCUGCCAAUAAUUUUAUAUUAUAUUAAAAACUUUGAUACUGAAUGUAUUAAGCAUAUAUAUUGUAACAAUAAUCUUGGUCACCCAGAGUUGCAAUUAAUUGUUAGUCGCCACGCGUGUCACCAUUUUGUUAUAUUCUCGAAUUCGUUCUUUUUUAAAGCGACUGAAGAACCCUCGUGGGGAUGAAUUAUAUUUGUAGGUAACGGAUUGUAAUGUCGAUUCGAUGUACAUACGUAUGUAGUUUAUUCACGUUCUUUCUUUCACAGUGACCGAUAUUUAUGAACAAGGGGAUGAAGCGACGAGAAAUUGCAUGAAUUUUGUACGCCGUUAUAGAUGGACAAACUUACUUUAAUACUGAACUUUUUAUAUGUGUACAUAGAUAUAGUGUGAAAAGAAACGUGAUAAAAACUUGUUGGAAAAAAGACAGAAAAUUCAGUUCGAUGUAAAAACUCGAUAUCCGUUUUCAAAGUUAGAUUGGCGUGUGUGUUUAAAAUUUAUAAAUAUCAAUAGAAAAUUACUAACACGUUAGUUAAUUCACGUUCACCGACAACGCGAAAAUCUGUUCGUACGUUUAAAUGUAUCGAACGAAAAAAACCAGUAUUUCAAAAAAAAAGAUGAAAAUUUGAAAUACAAAUGUUAUGAAAAAAAAAUACAAAAUAUCUCAUUGUCAUACGUAGAAAUAUGUAGUUAAGUGUUACACUUGUAAAAUAGUACAAGAAUUAGAAACAUGGAGUACCGUUGUGGAGAUGUAGCGAUCAUUUUGCGUUCGUCCAGUGGCCGCAACAGAAUUAUAAUUGUGCCUAAAAUGGUCUGACGAUGGAUUCCUAAGAUUUCCUGUAGACGCAUUGUACCGACAUAGUAUUAAUUAAACGGCUGGAUAAACCAGAAAAGAAAAAUGGUGCAACUGAUGCAUCUGGAGUACAAAUUCUCUCAGGGAUACUUUAUACAAUGUAGAUAUUGUUAGGUAUCUUUUUUUUAUAGCCUUUUUUUUAAACGACGUUUAAGUGAUGCCUUUCGUUCGUUGCAGGUUGAUGAAUGAGAGUCAAUUUAAACGUGUGUGAUCACGCGUGCUAUCUGUUCAUGUACCACUGUGCUCAGUGAUUCUCGAUUUUGAUUGAUCAUUGGCAAAAUAAAUAAUUCGAAAUUUA